AUGUCGCACCCAGCCACCCCGCACCGCGGGACUCCCAUCGGUCUCUCACCCCGAGGCUCUUUCGUCAAUGUCACGGAAGCCGCCGAGCCUGGAUCGCCCUUGUUGCGGGAUGAAAAGGCGCGUUUUCGAGCCGAAUCAGAGAUCAAAGAGACGCUGUUGAAGCAUGGGAAAGCAGAGGAGGCGAAAAAGGCAGAAGCGAUGCCAGCUGGUUCUCCAUCACUGCCGAUCAUAUCGUACUGCCUCGCGUCUAUAUUAAUGACGGUCAUCAACAAGUUUGUGGUCUCCGGGAGCCAGUUCACCAUGACAUUUCUGCUCUUGACGUGUCAAUCGGGAGUCUGUGCUGGAGUGGUAUUUGCAGCAAAGAAGCUUGGGAUGAUCAACUUCCGAGAUUGGGAUAAUGGAGAUGCAAAGGCUUGGUUCCCGGUGUCCGCUUUGCUCGUGGCUGUCAUCUAUACCGGAUCAAAAUCACUACAAUACCUCUCUAUCCCAGUCUACACCAUCUUCAAAAACCUCAGUAUCAUCCUCACCGCAUACGGAGAGGUCCUCUGGUUCGGCGGGUCUGUCACCGGCCUCACCCUCGCCUCUUUCUUCCUCAUGGUUGGCUCGUCCGUCAUUGCCGCAUGGUCAGACAUCUCCAGCUCCCUCGCGCGCAUGUCGACCGGUCUGGUCCUCCUUGAUCCUACAUCCGGGGCGGACGUGCCGCUCGCGCCCAAGGGGAUGCUGGGGUCGUUGAAUGCUGGAUACGUCUGGAUGGCCAUCAACUGCUUUGCUUCGGCCGGAUACGUGCUGUUCAUGCGUAAACGUAUCAAGGUCACCGGUUUCAAGGACUGGGACUCGAUGUUCUACAACAACCUCCUCUCUAUCCCGGUCCUCUUGGUCUGCUCUGUGCUGCUCGAGGACUGGAGCACCGGCAGCUUGAUCAGGAACUUCCCCGCUGAAGGCCGUGGAUUCCUGCUAUCCGCUAUUGCCUUUUCCGGCGCAGCUGCAGUCUUCAUCUCUUACUCGACUGCAUGGUGUGUCCGUGUCUGCGGGUCUACUACCUACUCGAUGGUCGGUGCUCUCAACAAGCUCCCUGUAGCUGCCUCAGGUAUUCUCUUCUUCGGCGACCCCGCCAACUUGGGCAAUGUCUCCGCUAUCGCCGUCGGAGGUGUCGCUGGUAUCGUGUACGCCAUUGCCAAGAUCAACGCGGCGAAGGUAGAGAAGGCGCGAGUUAUCAGGCUGAAUGACAACAAGGCUUAG